AUCUCCUCAUCCCCUAUUUCCCACUACCCCUUUACUACUUUCACAUUAACAUCAUGGGUUGGUUCGAUGACUCCUCCGACGAAGCUCAGGCCUACGACCAGGCUACCAACGCCCCCCACAAGGCUGAGCUCUCCCACGAGCUGAUUGCCGCUGCUGCCUCUUAUGAGGCUGCUAAGGCCUAUGAGAAGCAUGUCGAGGCUAACGGCAAGCCCGACAGCCACGCCAAGGCCAAGGAGAUUCUUGCUGGUUUGACCGGUGCUUUCAUCGACCGUCUCGUCGAGACCAAGGGACUGGAUUUCGUUGACAAGGAGAAGGCUAAGCACGAUGCCAAGAAGCGGGCUGAGGGCGCUCUUUCCGACAGCGGUGAUUAUUAGGCUACGCAACUUGUUGUAUACGUCCCAGAAGCUAGCAGAAACCAAAUAUAAAUGUAUAAGCACUCUUCGAAUGUAUCUCUCUGAGAGCACUC